GGAAAUGCCCAGGAGUGUGUGUCACCUGCCCCCGACUACUUGUUGAUUCCUAGGAGCGCCGCCUUCUAAGCCUGGGCCCCCAGAGGACCUUCUGGCUCACCUGUCCCCACCGGCACGGCCCCGGGGAGCACCUGAGACGCCCCCGGGACCACUUUCUCCCCAACUUCGCAGCUAUGAGCAAGCUGGGCAAGUUCUUUAAAGGGGGCGGCUCUUCUAAGAGCCGAGCUGCUCCCAGUCCCCAGGAGGCCCUGGCCCGACUGCGGGAGACCGAGGAGAUGCUGGGCAAGAAACAAGAGUACCUGGAAAACCGAAUCCAGAGAGAACUCACCCUGGCCAAGAAGCAUGGCACAAGCAACAAGCGAGCUGCGUUACAGGCACUAAAGAGAAAGAAGAGAUUUGAGAAGCAGUUAACACAGAUUGAUGGCACACUGUCCACCAUUGAGUUCCAGAGAGAAGCCCUGGAAAACUCACACACCAACACCGAGGUGUUAAGGAAUAUGGGCUUUGCAGCAAAAGCAAUGAAAACAGUUCAUGAAAACAUAGAUCUGAACAAAAUAGAUGAUUUAAUGCAAGAGAUCUCAGAGCAACAGGAUAUUGCCCAAGAAAUCUCAGAAGCAUUUUCUCAACGGGUUGGAUUUGGUGAUGACUUUGACGAGGAUGAGUUGAUGGCAGAGCUUGAAGAAUUAGAGCAGGAGGAAUUAAAUAAGAAGAUGACAAAUAUUCAUCUUCCAAAUGUGCCUUCUUCUUCCCUCCCAGCACAGCCAGCUAGACAGCCAGGCAUGUCUUCCACUGCACAUCGGUCUCGAGCAGCUUCAUCUAGGAGGACAAAUGAAGACGAUGAUGAUAUCAAACACUUGACAGCUUGGGCUACUUAAACUAAAAUGAAAUUUUUUGAU